CUAGUAUAGAAUAAAGCAUAACGCAUCGCUACAAAAUACCAGCCCAGGUCUAGUCUAGUUUGCACUGACUUCGAAACUUUUAAGAUUGUAAUGUGUACAGCCCAAUGGCUGACUCUGACCUUCGGUUUAGAAACUGCAUGCUCUGAAAACAUGCUUAUUUUAAGUCUGUGUUCUUGAAGCUUCUACAGGUCUUUCACUUUGGCCAUGCAUCCCAUUGUGUCCGUGAAUUCCUCAGGCGCGAUUUUGCAAGAGCAGGAAGUGGACCGUACUUCGCUGUUGCUGUGAUGGGGAAGGGUAAAGCAAAGCGCAGCCGUGCAUGCGCAAUCUUCCAGGGCCCAAAGUGUCGAUGGGCGCACUCUGUUGCUGUGCCGCUUGGCACCUUGCUCGCACAACUGCGCCUCGCUAUGCCCGGGUAGGGUGGAGUGGAGAAGGUGAGUGUGGAGGGAAGGACGCGUGGCAGAAACAGACAUAAAACGGGCACAAAAGAAUACGCGGCUUGCCGCGGUUAUUUUGGGCACCUCGGGGAACCAAGGCUCGCCGGCGCGGCCCGGCCCAGGUCUUGGGGCGAGACCUGCGUCCUUUCCUCCUCGCCGCCGGUGCACGAGCUAGCCUUCACUUCGGAAGGCCGCCGGUGUGCGAAGAAGGGAGGGGACGUCGUGAUCAUGGCGACUUCCGCUGGCUCUCGGUCGACUUCUGCAGCUGCUGCGUUUGUCCUGAGGAUCACAUCCCAUCCUAUCCAGAAAUUCCGGAUAAGCACCUGACCAGGCGUACGUUGUCCACCACAGAUGCGCUAGGCGUUGAGCUUGGCGAAAGGUCGCCAUGGAGUACGCCGUUGAGGGCGAGUACCUGCGGGACCGGUCUCCACGACCGCAUGACGACGACGACGACGACGCCGAGAGCGAAGACCCGCGGGCGUUCAUCGGCUUCUGGCCUCGGGCGCUGGUCGACAGCGAGGCCCCGGACUUUGAGCAGGGACCUUGGGCUUCACUACCGGACGUCCUCCUGGAGACCGUCUACAGCAUGGUGCCGAUCGCCGACCGGUAUGCCAUGUCGCAGGUGUGCCGGAACUGGUACCGAGUCUUCUACUCGCCCCGGGUCUGGUCCGUGUUCGUGCUUGACGACCGGACCAUGACGCGGCGCAAGUUCAACUACUACAUGGGCUACCAGCACCUGCUUGACCACUACCGGACGCAGAUCUGCGUCCACAAGAUCGGCCGCCACAUCCGGCACCUGCUCAUUCCCGCCAUGUCCAACUUCUUCAACCUGUACGAGUUCAUGGUCAUCAUGGCCUACUUCGGCGAGCGAAACAACGCGCUGGGACACCUGCGGCGAUUCGAGUUCACCUUCGGCUGCCACCUGCUCGGCAACAACUCGGACGGCCAGAGGCACCAGGACAGCGUCUUCGGCACCGGAGGCAAGCUGCUCGAGUCGCUCAAGCGUCUCAUGUGCUGCUUCACGGGUCUGCGUCACCUGGCCCUGACCGACUUGCUCCUGGAGCCACACGAGGCCAAGUUCCUCCUCGACGACGUGGCCGAGACGUGCAUGACGACGCUGCGGACCCUGCGGCUCAUCAACUGUUCCAAGGAGCCGUACCCGUUCCUGCACGCCGGAGUGUUCCUCAACCUGACCGCGCUGUACAUCUCGCCGCAGCACCUGGACGACGACCUGGCGACGCUGCUCAGCUACACGUCUCUGCGGGACCUGCACCUGAUUCAGACCACGUACACGGAGUUAGGGCUCCGUGUGUCGCCCCGGGUAUGGAGGGAGUGCCGGAGGGCGGCGCCCAGGCUCAGGGUACAUCUCUCCGUCGAAGGCACUGUAGCCAAAGAGAUAAUAUGGCAAGAGUGUGCGCCGGUGCACUCGAUAAUCUACAAGACGGCUUACAACCAAGUGGGGCCAGAGUCUGCCCUGACGGCAGCCACGUAUUAUCCCGAGGACCUGAAGACCUACGCAUUUCUUGGGUUGCCCAGAUUCCACAUGGCCAAGCGCUUCGUGGAUAGACCAGACUCCGCGCUGGUCUUGCUGUGCCGGUCGUGCCGACGACUGGAAACGCUCGUUAUUCGGGAACGCAUUUCAACGGCCACCGUGCUCCUGCUGGCCUACCAUGGCCGCUCGCUGAGGCGGUUCGUCGUGCGCGGAAACGCCGUCAUCAAGAAGUGCGACUGGCCUCGCAACCCGGAGUGGAGCGAAGAGUUCUACGCCUGGCUUCGACACACGGCGCAGUCGUACGACGCGGUCUGCCAGGAAGUGUCGCAGAUUCUCGGCUUUGCCUGGGCGCCCCUGACGGACAAGCAGUUCAAGACCAUCGUGCUGCACGAGUCCGGCAGCAGAGAUUUCUUUCCGGUGUCCCCGCAGUCGUCGAUGAGCGACUUUCGGUUCCCUGCUGCCGAACACAGGCUCUCGUUCUCAUCCAGCGGUUCGUUUUCGCCCAUCUGAAGCUGGCUUCUAGGGCACGAUGACAGAAAAAUAAUACGUGGACUCUUCGUGUUAUCACCUGAAAGCGAUAUGUGAUUCGAUAGCAUUUUGGGCAUUCUAUCAAUCGAUGAUCUCCCACCAGACAUUUAAUGCGGAUGAUUUUACCCUGUAUUUUAGAGUAACGUUUAUGAGCAAUAGUAAGUUUUGAGAGCCAUAAUCUGCCACGUACACUGCAGCCGUGACCGAUGUCGCUUUACACGGUCCAGCGAAUGGUUUCUUUCUGGAAGAUGCACAUUGUGAAAGAUCAUCGCUUGUCUUUCAAUUUUAGCUUCGUGCCGGGGUUUUUGCGUCGACGCCGUUCCCUCUCAACCUUUGCCAAUUAGCCCGACGAAGCGCUUCGAAUUCUCCUGCCGUUCUCCUAACGACGCAUGUUCGAUGCCCUACUUCCAAGCGAGCGGCGCGCAUAUCUCGGAUGGUUCGGGAGCCCGACGUUGUCGCACUGCUUCGGCCUGGUGACUCCGUCUCUCCGCCGCAGCGGCUGCUUCAUCUUCGGACAUGACAGCCUUCUUAUGCAUUCGGUGACGCGACUGACGUGGCCCAGCGAGCGAUAAGGGUGAUACCGGGUGUGAUACUGCGCUGUCACGCGACGCUGACUCGGUCAUCUGCGCGUACCUUUUCCUCAUCGUUUGACGUAUUUUCCCCUCAUCCCUUGACCUAUUUCCAUCUUCACUUCCACGCGUCUCCCCCUCUCAUCUGUUUUCGCUGAUAACUCACAAUGCCAAGGAACGCCCUUGAAUGAUGCGUAUAAUGCUGUAUGGCAUUAAAUAGUAUAAUUACUAUAGAGGAAAGAAAUAAA